CUGAGAAGAUCACCAGGGCAAGUGUGUUUUCCAGGAGGUAAAAGUGAAGCAACUGAUAAAGAUGAAAUAGAUACUGCCCUUCGAGAAGCUAAAGAAGAAGUGGGACUCCAGCCAGAGAAGGUGGAAGUCAUCUGUAGGCUUGUGCCUGGAAUUGAUAAAAUGAAUCACUUGGUAACACCGGUUGUAGCAUUUAUAGAGGAUACAUUCCAGGCUACUCCCAAUCCAGAAGAAGUGAGCGAUGUUUUUGUGGUGCCAUUGGAAUACUUUGUCAAGCCCGUAAAUUACAAGACCUUGCCUUAUGAAACCUCCUCUGGUUACUUAGGUUGGGUACACUGCUUCACAUAUGAUGACCAUGAACAUAAAAUGUCAUACAGGAUAUGGGGACUUACUGCACACUUUGCUGUGUUUCUUGCUCUUGUAAUUUUUAGGAAGAGACCUACCUUUGAAGUUAAUUAUGAUCUUGACAACUUAAUUUCAUCCUCUGAGAAUAACUUCAUGAAUUUAUAUUCAUCCUUACAUGAAAGGAAGAAAAGUAAUCUAUGA